UGUUGCAUUGCAAAAUAUCCCUUGAAUGGCUGUGCAGUUUAUUGAACACACUCUCUUCAUUAGAUCAUCAUGUCGAGUGUGAGCUGUGGGAUGUUGUAUUGCAGUCAAGUGAUGAAACCUGUGAAGACGAAUCACAUACACGUGUAUCGGAGCUGAGAUCUAAAAUACUGUCAUAUAACAUGUCCAAUAUUGAGAUACUAGUGGACAAGGUCAGUAAGGAACUGAUUGAAAUAUUACGUGAUACAUGUAUAGGGAUCCUUAACCUGCAAACGGCUGAUAGUGCCUCGUUAGCAUCCGAGAUUCUUCACACGCUCAACAAGCUAACAAAGCUUUAUUUGUGGGAGACCUAUACGGGUCGUUGUGAUCUCAAGAUGCCUGCUUCAUUGCAGUGUAUUAGUCUGCAGAGUGUCGAAUGUUCAUCUGAGUGGCUGUGCAGCUUGUGGAUGUCGCUGUCUUCAUUAGAUCAUCAGAUCGAGUGUGAGCUGUGGGAUGUUGUAUUGAAGUCAAAUGAAGAAGCCAGUGGAAACGAAUCACAUUCAUAUUUAUUAGACAUGCGAUCUGAAUUAAUGGCACAUGACAUGUCCAAUAUUGAGAUAUUAGUGAAAACUGGCAGUAAGGAACUGUUUGAAAUAUUACGUGAUACAAGUAUAGGGAUCCUGAACCUGCCAACGGCUGAAAGUGCCUCAUUAGCAUCCGAGAUUCUUCACACGCUCAACAAGCUAACAAAGCUUUAUUUGUGGGGGACCUAUACGGGUCGUUGUGAUCUCAAGAUGCCUGCUUCAUUGCAGUGUAUUAGUCUACAGAGUGUCGAAUGUUCAUCUGAGUGGCUGUGCAGUUUGUGGAUCACGCUGUCUUCAUUAGAUCAUCAGGUCGAGUGUGUGCUGUGGGAUGUUGUAUUGAAGUCAAAUGAAGAAGCCAGUGGAAACGAAUCACAUUCAUAUUUAUUAGACUUGCGAUCUGAAUUACUGGCACAUGACAUGUCCAAUAUUGAGAUAUUAGUGAAAACUGGCAGUAAGGAACUGUUUGAAAUAUUACGUGAUACAAGUAUAGGGAUCCUGAACCUGCCAACGGCUGAAAGUGCCUCGUUAGCAUCCGAGAUUCUUCACACGCUCAACAAGCUAACAAAGCUUUAUUUGAGGGGGGCCUAUACGGGUCGUUGUGAUCUCAAGAUGCCUGCUUCAUUGCAGUGUAUUAGUCUACAGAGUGUCGAAUGUUCAUCUGAGUGGCUGUGCAGCUUGUGGAUCACGCUGUCUUCAUUAGAUCAUCAGUUCAAGUGUGAGCUGUGGGAUGUUGUAUUGAAGUCAAAUGAAGAAGCCAGUGGAAACGAAUCACAUUCAUAUUUAUUAGACUUGCGAUCUGAAUUACUGGCACAUGACAUGUCCAAUAUUGAGAUAUUAGUGAAAACUGGCAGUAAGGAACUGUUUGAAAUAUUACGUGAUACAAGUAUAGGGAUCCUGAACCUGCCAACGGCUGAAAGUGCCUCAUUAGCAUCCGAGAUUCUUCACACGCUCAACAAGCUAACAAAGCUUUAUUUGAGGGGGGCCUAUACGGGUCGUUGUGAUCUCAAGAUGCCUGCUUCAUUGCAGUGUAUUAGUCUGCAGAGUGUCGAAUGUUCAUCUGAGUGGCUGUGCAGCUUGUGGAUGUCGCUGUCUUCAUUAGAUCAUCAGAUCGAGUGUGAGCUGUGGGAUGUUGUAUUGAAGUCAAAUGAAGAAGCCAGUGGAAACGAAUCACAUUCAUAUUUAUUAGACUUGCGAUCUGAAUUACUGGCACAUGACAUGUCCAAUAUUGAGAUAUUAGUGAAAACUGGCAGUAAGGAACUGUUUGAAAUAUUACGUGAUACAAGUAUAGGGAUCCUGAACCUGCCAACGGCUGAAAGUGCCUCAUUAGCAUCCGAGAUUCUUCACACGCUCAACAAGCUAACAAAGCUUUAUUUGUGGGGGACCUAUACGGGUCGUUGUGAUCUCAAGAUGCCUGCUUCAUUGCAGUGUAUUAGUCUGCAGAGUGUCGAAUGUUCAUCUGAGUGGCUAUGUAGCUUUUUGAUCACGUUGUCGGAAGUACACCAUCAAGUUGAGUGUACAAUGUUUAAUUUUCUUGUAAAAACAAGUGAUACUGAAAGUGGGAUUGAGACAGAUAGUACUGUUAUUCGUAGUGAAUUGUUGUCAUGUGACUUAUCUCAUGUUAAGCUUAACGUUGAGCACAAUAGUAGAGUGCCUUUUGAACUUGUUCGUAGUACGAAUAUAAAUUCUCUGUUGCUCACAGCUAAUGACGAUGCGUCCCUGGAUGUGGUGACACAAAGCUCCUUAACCAUGCUUAAAGAAAUUCGUUUCAACGGAAUUCACAUGACACGUUUUGAUCACAAAUUACCAUCUACACUGCAAUUUAUGAUUUUAUGUGAUGGAUAUUGUUCACCAGAUUGGUUGAAACGUUUGAUGAUACACCUGUCUACAUUAGGCCAUACUGUCCGUUUGUACUUGUACAAAUAUGCUGUGGUAUCGAGUGGUGAGUCAAAUGCCAUGGCUUUGGAACCGCCUAUUUUGAAAUGUGAAGAUUUGUCGAAUGUUAAAUUGGAGUUAAUGAAGGACUCCUAUGGAUUGUAUGAAACGUUACCCACCAUUAAUAUUACCAGUCUGAACAUGACGCAAAUCGAACGUCCCGACAUUCUGUCACAGACACUGCCUCUACUCACCCACUUGCAGCAGCUAAGGAUGUGUUUAAAACAAUAUACGGUGAUGAAACUACCAGGAUCUAUAAAGUAUGUGUUUAUAAUUUACACAACAUUUUCCCCUUCAUCGUUACAACAUUUCGUGCAGGACAUGUAUACCGCACAACAUAACGUACAAUGUAAAUUGCUGUUCCGUGUUGAAGGGAAUGAAGAUGAUUAUACGAGAAUUAAACACGAAGUGUGUAAACUGGAGUCAGUAGAAAUGCAAAAGUUUGAAGUUGUAGACAAACGACAUUUUCGGGGGGCUGUUGCUGCUGCUGCUACUCUUUCUGCUACCGCUGACGAGGCUGAUGACGAUUUUGAUAAGCAUUUACUACGGAGAGAGGGAUAUGUUGAUUCUCGAACGUGGUUGCACUAUUGUAAAAUUCGACUCAAAUUUGAAUUUAGAUAACAUUUAUUCCGCUCGAUUAACUCGUGCUCCUUUAAUAUUAUUUUGUCCGUCUGUGAAUGUGACCGAUUUCAUGAAAUAUUAUAGGGAGUCUAUUCUUACAAUUUAUGCCUAAAUGUUGAGUUAUCGAAUUAACUGAUUUUAUGCAAAUAGAAUCUAUAUGUUCUCAGAGAUAUAUAAUUUAAAAGUUUCUGUGUUAUCUCCCUUUGAAUAACGCAAAUUCUAUACA